CAAGGAGCUAAACGGCACUGAACGCUAGAUGCUACGAGCUGGACGUCAGCAGCAACGACUCCAGGUGGAACGAGAGCCGUAAUAGAGUCAAUCAAACAUGACGGCACACGAAUCGUACGGAUUCAUCGGGACGUGGGAGAUAGUGGAGUCUCAUCUGGAAGGCACCACAGACAAACUGGGUCUCGAAGGCAUCAAGUUCCGGCUCGACGAAAUGGGGGACAUUAUUUGGUACAACGAUCUAAUCAAUACAACCACAAACACCCAAAACGGCAGCGGACGAGAGUCGCAGCUCAACAAUCCCCGGCUGAGCAGUCUGAAUGGGGCGGCAUUUUGUCCCAUCAACGAUUCGGCUGCGGUACUGUUCAGCUGUGAAACGUUCGAGGUGGUGGAGCUGUCGUCGAACGGGCCGGGUCUCAUCUUCGGUGCGUACACCGGGCACAGUAUUGAGUUUCGCACCAACCACUACAAUCCGGGCGAGCAGAUGUCGCUGCGGUGUGACUGCUGGUGCGAGCUUCACUGUCAGCGCGUCAAGGAGGACCAGUCGGCUGGGCAGGAGGAACCGUUCACGCUGAUCUCCGUGCUGGACGAUGGCAACUUCUGUGAUGUGACUCUCAAGAGUUGUGAUAAUGUAAUCUACAACGUGCACUCGCCAAUUUUGCGCUUGAACGGAUUUGACUGUAGCAGUAUGACGGCGGCUUCCACCUAUCAACAUCUGGCCAGUCGCUUUGAGUGUGCCGAGGCACAGGCACAGGUUGCUGCCACACAUCCACCAUUGAUGAAAGUUUCCUCGGUACCGUGUGCCCGGGCAGUACGCACCGGUGGCACCACGUACGGUCGUGGAUCGCCCGCUAUGAUGUGUAGUGUCAGUGCGAGCGCUACCCCUAGCUUACACCCGAGCGUCCACGCUAGCCCAACGAUUCUGAACCCAAACUUUCUCCUGCCGCCAACCUCGCUCGACUCGUACAACCUGUCCCCGAAGCUGGUGGCAAACAUAUCGAACUCCUUCAACUGUCUCAUGCCGACGGCGGAUGCGAACUGUACCGAGGGUAACACGCACUCUAUUUUUCUCGAUGUGCCAAAGCGGCCGGCCCACCAAACGUCCUCCUGUUCGGAUUCGAACCUGCACAUCGACCGGAACGUGUUCUUCUUUCCCGACGCGGUACCGGCCACCUGUCGCGUGAAGUUUAAACCGCCGUCGUCACCGUUCCGCGCCCGGAGUCCAUCACCGUUUCCGGUGUCGACGCUCGAUACACCGCCGUCCUCACCAUUAACUCCAUUGUCGGUGUUGAACAACAUCCCGGCGAAGAUGCUAUCGACCAUCCUGCACUGGUUGUACUGUGAAUGUUUGCCUGAUCAGCUGGACGAGGACACUUGCAUACAGCUGAUCAAUAUGUGCGAAAGCACGACGCCGCUUAGUCGCAUGAGUGAACCCUGCAAAAACUAUCUGCGGAACAUACAGCUGAAGAAGUUUGUAAUCGAUAUUAUCAACGACCUGCACGACAGUCUGAACAACAUGAUACAGAUGGUCAAUCCAAGCACCAUAUCCCACAGUCCCUGUGUGUUGUGUCAGGUGUUCAAAGAAGGCGUCAAAGAAUGUCUCACCGCGUUUGUGAAGCUGCUCCAAUUCUGCAACAUCUUUACGAAGGACGCCACUACCUUCACACGGCAGCAACGGCACGAGAUUAUCAAGUACGUGCGAACCCGUAUGCCGAUCUAUCUGUCACAGGUGCAUCAGCUUCUGCAGAAUGUAAACCUAGUACUGGGUAGCCUAUCGCCAGACGAUCGUAACGAUCUGGUGUCCUACCUGGUGCCGGAAAUAACCGGUGCGCUGGAGGUACUUACGUCCGCAGUCUCCGAAAUUAAGCUAUCCCUGGAAGAGGUCUGCAAGGAUCUGAAAAGCAGCCAGCAGGAGCAGCAGCAACAGCAGAAACUGCACGAAAGUUCUGUACAUCCUCAGGGCCGUGCGCAGACCGGUAAUCACCGGAGCGGUCGUAGUAGCCAAUCGACGCAGUUGGCCGGCAACCGUUCCAGUGCAGAACGUACUCGCAGCCAUGCGCGCAGUACCACCGUGCAGUCCCGGCUCGGUCAGAGCACGUCCGAGUCGGACCUUAAGUUCUUCCUGUACAUGUACGAGGUGAAAAAGAUGCGUGAUAUUUAUGGGCGCGUUACGAAUGCGCUCGAGGUGUUACUACACAAGAAAAAUACGUUUAACGAGAUGAAUUUACUGCACCAACAUCAAACGGUAAUGCGCAACUUGGAGCAGCUGGCGAUGGAGGUACCGUCCGCCAUUGGGCAGCUGGAGGAGCUUUGCGACACGAUAGACGAGAAGAUCGGUUGGAAGGAGUUCAAAUUUUGCUUCAAGUUUCUCACUAGUCAAGUGAACGGCAUUGUUUCAAAGCUGCUGGAGCACAAGUCUGCCCUUAACGAUGCAAUGUUCUAUAUCUCCACUCUAGUGCAGAAGGAACAGUUUACGUGUGCGCUGGUGGAAUUGGGCCUGUUGGACAAACGUAGCGUCGAUCCGGCACUGCUGCACGAGUGUGCGGCACGUCGCAGUGCGGUGCGAUCGAGUGGCCAGCGACAGCUCGAGUACGCCACCGUCAAGAUGAAUCUGGUGCAAAAUCUGUGUGAAUCACCGACCGCCGCCCACAGCAGUUUGUCGAAGAAUGCGUUGAAGCUGCUGCAUUCGGGGCAGCUGGCGGAUAUGGAGUUCGAGGUAGUGGUACCGCAGAUGGAGCAGCAGAACGAAAACGUUACGCCGACGACGUCGUGCGAUUUUAGCCCGGACGAGGGCCUAUUGCUCAACGGUGCGAACAAGGGUGCUAAUGGUGGUGGAGGUAGAAGUGAAACCGCAACGGCUGUGAAUGCUUCCAGUAGUGGCAAUAGUAACGGUAGUAAUGCUAAAGGAAACAAUACGAAAGGUGCACAGUCGCACUGCUUCAAAGCCCAUCGUGUGAUAGUGGCGGCCCGGUGCGAAUGGUUCAAGAAGGCAUUACUGUCCGGCAUGCAGGAAGAUAUUAAUCGUAAGAUUAUUAUUUACGAUACCUCGCCGGUAAUCUUUCGCCGGUUGCUACUCUACCUGUACGGUGCACCAGUAGAUCGGUCCGUCGGUGUCGAUCAGCUGUGCGAGCUGAUGCUGCUGGCCGACCGGUACUCGGUCGACAACCUGAAAGCUAUCUGUGAGCAAACGCUGGUCGCAUCGAUCGACAGCGAGUCGGUCAUCUGUCUGUACGGCAUAUCGGAUCGUUUUAAUGCGGCCGCAUUGAAGGCUCGGUGCCUAUCGUACCUAUCGCAGCAUACUGAACUGACACAACUCGAUAUCUUCCAGGAACUCCCAGUGUAUCUGCAGAACGAGGUGCAGGAGUUGAUACGGUGGUGCGGCAGAGCACCGGAACCGUGGUGCGAUCGGGGACCGGAGCGCUCCAGGUCGGACCGUGGCUCACGCCACAGCCUAAAGAGCCCGUCGAAAGCAUCGAAAUCGUCACGGUCGCGUAAAACGUCACCAUCCUUCAUGUGACCGUGAUGCCGCAUACGCUCGACAACCUAUAUGAUUCAUUGAUUGCUGUGACCAUUAAUCAUCUGCCCAAUUGCGACGGCAGGGCAAGUGUUUAAUGAAUACUAUACUAAAAACUCCGUAGUAAUUAAAAUUGAUAACAAAAACAAAAAAAAAAAACAAACAAAGGUCGUUAUACAUAUUCUUGAACAAGGGAUUUACUUUAAGCGACUUAUGUGGCUGUAGAUAGUAUUUAAAAUUUUCAACCGAACCGACCUAAUACCGGUGGCAAGGGAAUAUAAAGCUUUCCGUUUUCUCGCUGGAAAGCUGGAUAGUGGCUAAAAGACAUUUAGGACAGAACCUGCAUACGGAACAUUCGCACGAAACAGUACAGUUAUAGUACAACCGUUGGACGUGAUAUUGUGAUUGGUUUUUGGGGACUUUUUUGUUUAGUUGUGACAUAAGUAGUCAUUGAUUAAAAAAAGAGAAAAACCAAAACACCCACCCAGCAACAUCCACAUGUCGAAGGUUUUGCGAUUUUGCGAUUAUCGGUAGUUAGGAAAAUGGUUAGAAUAUGGAUAGGGCACUGAACGCGAUCAGUACACGGUGUGAUCAAUUGCGGUUUAGGAGGGAGGGAUGAUCGCUUAUUCAAACUCGUUUGUUCAAACACAUACUGUGCUAAAUGGAUUUAAUGCUAGCAAGUAAAUGAGAUAUGUAUAGAUGUGUGUGUAUGUUUGUGUGUGAGUGUGUAACAUGUACGUUGGCAAGCCAGACAAGUAACUGGUUUUUAAUAGGCAUUUUGUUUCCAUUGUUGUUUUGUUUUAAAUGUGUUUUUUUCACAAUAAUUCCAUUGUACCCGGAGUAAUGCGUUUUCUGAAAUUCCUUACAAAAUAAAGUUGUUUAUAAAUUAUAUCAACGAAGAGGUAGGAAUCUGAUAGUGUUACUUUGUCGAUGUGCGAAGUGCAUACUUUACGGCGCUUUUUAAGUAUCAUUAGGGCGCAUACUGCGGUUUAUUAGGCGCUUUGUCAAUACCUGUUUUCUGAGAUAUUUUUAUUUAAUUUAAAUGCGUACAGUGUUUUUUUUUUAAGAAAUGUUCUGCAUUUAACUAGAUGCAAGGGAAAUAUGUGCAUAACAAAAACAAACUUUGUGUGCGGUGUGAAUGUGAUCACUAUCGGUUUAGGCUGUAACGGUAGCGUUUAGUACCUUCUAUCACUCGAUACGGUGCUGUACGGUAGAUUUGGCCGUUUAAUGUUUGUAUUU